AUGUCGCAUCAGACCGACCAAGAGGGUGGGGCCAGAUCUAGGGCUACUAAAAAGGCCGCCGCGCAAACCAAUCAAACGAAACGUGCGGCGGGGAAAAAGGCUGAGGUGGGAAAGCAGAAGCCCGGGAAGAAGGCGGAGGACAAGGGGAAGCAACCAACGGCACGCAAGCGUGUUUCGGCCGUCAGGAGCGAUGCGGAUGUUGCCACUGCUGCCCUCGAGCCCGGUCCUUCUGACGACGGCACCAUCGGCGGGAACGAAGACCCUGGGCGUGGCGGCGUGAGUGUUGCCGUCCGGUCGGGGGACAGAGAGGGCUUUGCGACUGGAGGAAAGCACGGCGACUCUCCCCGCCAAGAUCAGGCCGCAACUUCGACGUCCGUGGCAGAGGCAAAGCAGCAGCAUCUGACGCUGCCCCACCCGCCCGUGGUCGAAAUAUCUGCUGCAGUGAUAGAUAAGGAGAAGGAUGCUGCGCACGAUUGCACGGAGGGGCCGAAACACGACAUUGCCGACGUAGGUGGAUCUCCUCCCUCUGGGGGACGCGGGAGGCGUAGGCAGAGGAAGAGCGAUGGUGAGGAGGAGAAUGACACCCCCGUGGCUGAGGACAUGCCCAUACGCGCGAAGAGGAGGCAGACGACAGCCAGCGGCGACGACGCCGGUGGUGCUGAAGUUGGGACAAUGCGAGGCACCACGGCGCCAAGUGGCUUGGCGACAGAUCAUGCAAUGCGGCAUAAGCGCGGCAAAGAAGGCCCUGGUGAAGCGGAUGUUGAGGACGAGGGGGAUGGGGAGGAGGAGGCCGAGGAGGAUGCGGAGGAGGAGGACGAGGAUGCAGGGGAGGGUGAAAAGGACGAGGAUGAGCAGGAGGGCGACGAUGAUGAGGAGGAGGAGGAGGAGGAGGAGGAGGAGGAGGAGGAGGAGGAGGAGGAGGAGGAGGAGGAGGAGGAGGAGGAGGAGGAGGAGGAGGAUGAGGAUGAGGACGAUGAGGAGGACGAUGAGGGGGACGACGAGGAUGAGGAGCAGGAGGAGGAGGAGGAGGAUGAGGAGGAGGAGGAGGAGGAGGAGGAGGAGGAGGAGGAGCAGGAGGAGGAGGAGGAGGAAGAGGAGGAGGAGGAUGAUGAGGAGGAGGAUGAGGAGGAGGAGGACGACGAGGAGGAAGAGGAGGUGGAGGAAGGGGCGGAUGAGGAGGAGGAGGAGGAGGAGCCGGCAGGGAAAGGACGGGGCGCGCGAGGCGGACGGGGGAGUGGCACAGGGAAGGUGGGGGGCCGGCAUUGGGCCACCGCCCGGGGCAGGGCGGUAUCCCCCCUCGCCGGUCCAUCGCGUGUGCAUCAACCAAGCACCUUUGCCAAUCCCUUCCCUGAGCUUCCCUUUUCCCGCCAGCGUGAUAGUGUGAGGGCACACGGUGCUGCUGCAGAAGACGUUGAACCCCUUGGCCAGAGAGGGGUUUCUACACACCCUUUUCCGGAUGUCAUGGAUGCGCUGGCUGAAGGUGCAGAGCACGGGCAGUUUGUUACACGAGACGAGUUCCAGCAGCUACGGUCUGAGAUGUACGCCAUGUUUGCUCAGCUCGGCCUGCGUCGGGGAGCAGCUGCCAGCUAUGCCGGGGGGGCCGCAGUGGUGCCGAUGGGUGGUACCCCGCCGCCGAUGAGUGCCGUGGACAAGGCACGUGUGCUUGUGCUGCAGGAGACCAACCCAUUCCCGGUAUGUGGCGGGUUGGGGUUGACGUGGCAACCAGGGCAGGGUUGGGAAUGA